AUCCAUGAUGAUAUCUACCAUUCAAAAAGUAUGGUUUAUUUAAAUAUUUUCUGUGAAAUAGUUCAAAUACUCUUUGUUAAGUAGUCCCAACGUCAUUUGAAGUAAUAUAACCUAGAUUUAAUAGUGACGUUUAAUUUGAUUUAUCCAUUUCUCAAAAUAAUGAAAUUAGCACAUUGUACAUUAAUAUCUAUUUUAAUAAAAUGUUCUUUUGCAUGGGAUUCAGAACAACUUGAAGUAUUUGAUGUGGUGGACGAAGUAAAGGAGAACUUUUAUGAUCUUCUAAACAUUUCCAAAGAUGCAUCCAGUUCCGAAAUUAGAUCGGCCUUUCGAAGCUUAUCUCUUAAACUUCAUCCUGAUAAAAAUCUGGAUACAGACACUUCUGUUCAAUUCCGCAAUUUAGUCUCAGUCUAUGAAGUUCUAAGGAGUGUUUCAAAAAGAAAGUAUUAUGAUGAAGUUCUUGUCAAUGGUCUGCCGAACUGGCGGUCUGCUGUGUAUUACUAUAGAUAUGUCCGUAAAAUGGGUAUUACUGAAGCUUGCUGUAUCUUAUUUAUUAUUGUAACCAUUGGACAGUAUUUGGUCAAUUGGGCUGCAUAUCUUGAAAGAAAGUAUACAAUUCAAGAAAAUUUGAAACGGAAGAAACUAAGCAAAAAAAUAAAUCUUAAUGAAUUUGUAACGGAAAUUCCAAAACCUUCUUUUGCUGAUACAUUACCUGUCCAACUCCCCCGAUUAAUUUGGUUUUCUCUAAUAUCAAUUCCAUAUGGUUUAGGUAAGAUUGAAUAUUUUAAUCAACUUCUAGCAACCAAAUUAACUCAUAUUCGUUCAGGCGUGAUUAAAUCGGCAGUGACUGAACAUAUUGAAGAAGCCAGGAGACCACAUGCUUCUGAACCUGAACCUGAGCCUCCAAAAAUUAAAACUGUUAGAAAAAGAAAUAAAUUUAUUGUUCCAGAAGGGCCUAAUUUCGAAAUAAAAUCUCAAAACCACAAUGAAACAGAACUGACUAUUGAAUCCUCUGCUCCACCUCCAUUAUGUGGAGGGUUGUGGACUGAUGAUGAUUUAGAUGAACUUAUUAGAUUAGUAAAGAAAUAUCCCCAGGGCUCUGCCAAAAGGUGGGAAAACAUUGCGGAAGCUUUAACUAGAUCAGUUCCAGAAGUUACUUACAUGGCAAAUAGAAUGAAAGAAAAUGGUUAUAGAUUGCCUUCGGAAAAGGAAGAAGAAAUCUCUCCCAUUAAAGUAAAACAAAAAACUAAGAAGGAUGGUGACCCGGCGUUAAUUGUAAAAAACUGGAACCAAGUACAGCAAAAGACAUUAGAAGAGGCCCUAUCUAAAUAUCCAAAAGGUUGCCUCGAUAGGUGGGAUAGGAUUGCUGACUGUGUUCCAGAGAAAACAAAGGAAGAAUGUAUGAUGAGGUUUAAAUAUUUAGCAGAGUCCCUAAAAAAGCAAAAGGAAUCUGUGAUAGCGGAAUCGCAAGAAACUGACAACCUACAUUUAAUUGAAAUUUAGUUUUGAUAUUUAUCAAUAUAUUUAAAUAACAAUAAAUAGAUA